AUGUCCUUCAUCCACCGUGACAUCAAGCCCGACAACCUCCUCAUGGGAAUCGGAAAGGGCCAGGUCAACGUUAUCGAUUUCGGCCUGGCUAAGAAGUACUACUUCAAGACCAGUUCCCACAUCCCAUACCGAGAGGGCAAGGACUUUAUGGAGCAGUCGCGCCGUGACGACAUGGAGUCUUUCGGAUAUGUCAUGCUUUACUUCUGCCGUGGAUCCCUCCCAUGGCAGGGACUCAAGGCUGACACCCUUAAGCAGAAGCACGACCGUAUUAGGGAGGAGAAGGCCACCUCAGCCGACAUUCUCUUCAAGGGAUUCCCCGACGAGUUUGCCAUCUACCUUGACUACACCAGGUCCCUUCGCUUUGACGACAAGCCCGACUACUUCUACCUCCGAAAGAUCUUCCGUGAACUCUCCGUCCGCGAAGGUUUCGAGUACGAUUACAAGUUCGACUGGACUAUCGCGGGUUGA